UUUCACACGCAGGAGGGCGAGCAAGCCGAGGCACCUGCAGCGGAACCACCACCACCGGAACCAACACCGACACCAGAACCAGCCCCCGAACCGACUCCCGCGCCACCACCAGCGGAGCCUGCACCGGCUCCUGCGCCUCCAGCACCGGCACCUUCACCGGCACCUCCAGCCGAAGGUGCUCCAGCGGCUGCUCCUCCCGCAGAAGGCGCAGCCCCGGCUGAAGGGGCCGCGCCAGCUCCCGCCGAAGGCGCACCCGCUGCGGCCCCGGCAGAAGGCGCCGCCGCUCCACCUACGGAAGGCGCCGCACCGGCGGCGGAAGGAGCCGCACCCGUGGAAGGCACUGCACCUCCAGCGGAAGGUGCACCUGCAGCUGCACCCGCCGAAGGAGCGCCUCCCGUUGAAGGUGUUGCGCCUGCCGCCGCUCCAGCCGAAGGUGCACCCGCGGAAGGCGCUGCACCCGCCGCACCUCCUGCCGAAGGCGCAACCCCGGCGGCACCGCCGGCGGAAGGAGCGCCAGCGGAAGGAGCUCCCGCCGAAGGCGCCGCUCCUGCUGCCGCUUCAGCGGAAGGUGCACCACCUGCGGCCGCCGAAAGUGCCGCACCUGCAGCUGCUGCGGACGCGACGCCCGCAGCGGAAGCUGCGCCAGCACCCGCCGAAACUAAGCUAAUUUUGAUAUUGCGAGUUACGGUCAAGAUCAGAGGCAGACCCGCGCUAAAGUGCGCGAAGUACAUCACGAACGGUAUGUCGCAAGUGCGGUAUGUGUAAGCCAGCGUGCAAUGUAAGCAAGCAAUGUGAGAAACGCAAAACGGCAACUGAAAGCCGACCGAAGAUCUCUCAUCCGCAUCCGACGGACGUACCCGAGUCGAAAUCUUGGCCCCGUGUUAAAACAUUAAUUAAUUCCGCAACAUAAUAGGAGACUAAGAUAGCGAAAGGUUAGUUAGGCACACACAGAAAAAAACACACACCGCAUUCAAAUACGUAUUACUUGUUUCGAAUAUUUCCUGAGUUUAUAUAUUCGCAGGUACAUUCCAAGUUCAUCGUAAGCAUCAAAUUUAUUCCAAAUAUAUUCAAAUCCUAACAAGUUUUAUAAGUUGGCACAUCAAUCGGGAAAAUUAGAUUAAAACAAACUUCG